AUGGAACUGGAGAAAAGGAUCAUUCAUAGAGGAAUAGGAAGGUUUUACAUUCCAGGAUUAGGAGCUUGUGGAUAUCAAAAUGGACCAAAGGAUUACGUCGUUGGAAUCUAUGCGUCAAAGUUCAUUGAGGAUAGGGGCGGGAAUUGUGGGCAGAAAGUACGGAUCACCAACGUUGCCAAUGGAAAGACUGUUGUAGCCACGACAGUUGACGAGUGCCAGACCUGCGCUUUGGACGGAUUGGACAUCUCACCACCAGCGUUCGAGGCGAUAAAUGAUGGUCGGAUUGGAGAUGGAACGCUGGAGAUUGAUUGGAGCUUUCUGCCUAAAUAG